AUGGAAAGAAGAAAAUUCAAGCCAGGUACACUUCCUAGUAAUGACUACGCCUUUACUGGCAAUAUCUUCGUCAGCGAUAACAACUACAGAUAUUUCUAAACUCAGCAGAAGAAGAAAGGAACUCUCUUCCUCAGUAUCAAUGGUUUCAUCCUAAAGACUGAGCCUCUAUCAUAAUUAUCAGACGACGAGAUAGGUCUCUCAUCAUUCUUAAGAGAUGCCACUAGAAUAUCAAAGUUAGAUGAGCUAGAGGUUAAGAUAGCUGAGGUCAAAGAGCAAAACCCUCUUGAUUCACUAGAUUUCACAGUUGAUAAGGUAUACAUUCUAGACUAGUCAGUAAAGCUAGACAACCAAGGUUUAGUUAAUAUUCACGAGAAGGAGGUGAUUGGAAGUCUAAGGAAGUCACUUGACUAGAAGUACAUCAACCGAGGAGAGAUCAUCCCACUGCUCAUCAACGAGGGCCUGCUAGUUAGAGUCAGCAUUAAGAAAUUCGAGUCCUUGAAGGAAGGUACAGGAGAACUCAGAUAUGGAGUGAUGAUGAAGGAAACCAACAUAAGUGUGAGUGUAGACCCUACCUGCAAGAACCAGAUCAAGAUUUAGAGCGACAAGGUCAAGGAGAAGCAGAUCUUUAAGAAGAACUUCAACUUCCAAGAGCUAGGAAUAGGAGGAUUAGACAGGGAGUUUCAGGAGAUAUUUAGAAGAGCCUUCAAUUCCAGAAGAUACCCCCAGCAUGUGAUUGAUAAGUAUGGAAUUAAACACGUAAGAGGAAUGCUGCUAUAUGGACCUCCAGGUACUGGUAAGACACUCAUAGCUAGGUAGAUUGCCAAGGCGCUAGACUGUCACGAGCCUAAGAUUGUACACGGCCCUGAAAUCUUUGAUAAAUACGUCGGAGAAGCAGAAAAGAAGAUCAGAGCUCUAUUUGCAGAUGCUGAGAAAGAUAUGAAAGAACUGGGAGAUGAGUCAAACUUGCACAUUAUUAUCUUCGAUGAGAUAGAUGCUAUUUGCAGACAGCGUGGCUCUACAGGAAACUCAGGCACUGGAGUCAAUGAGACUGUGGUUAAUCAGCUGUUGUCUAAGAUGGACGGUGUAGACUCACUAAACAACAUCCUGGUGAUUGGGAUGACUAAUAGAAAGGAUAUGAUAGAUGAAGCAAUGCUUAGACCUGGUAGACUAGAGAUACACUUGGAGAUCGGACUGGCAGAUGAAAAAGGCAGAAGACAGAUAUUUGAGAUUCACACUAGACACAUGAGAGAGAACAACCUUAUGCAUUCUGAUGUUGACCUUGACCAUCUCGCUAAGAUAACCAAGAAUUAUACUGGAGCAGAAAUAGAAGCAGUCUCUAGAUCAGCUACUUCAUUUGCUCUCUUCAAAGACUUAGAUCUGUCUGUUAUUGGCCAAACUAAUACUGAUUAAAAGAACCCUAAAAAGCCCUCUAGUCAACCGACUAAGGGUAAGGAAUAAACCAGCACAUUAGGGAACUUAGAAAAGUAAGUUAAGAUGGCUGACUUCUUGCAAGCUCUAGAUGAGAUCAAGCCAGCCUUUGGUAUAGACAAUACCAACCUCAGCAACAGUCUUAGAGGCGGUUUCUACUAGUACGGUGAGCGCUUCGAUGAACUUUACAAGACUGGAAUCAACUUCAUUAAUGAAAUCAGGAAUUCCAAGAAUACACCUCUCCUCUCAGUGCUAUUGGAGGGUAAGAAUGGUUCUGGUAAGACAGCUCUUGCAGCUAAGUUUGCUUUGGAAAGCAGAUUCCCAUUUGUUAAACUCAUUUCUCCUGAAAACUUCGUAGGCUAUUCAGAACAAGGAAAGAUAAGUGCUAUAGUCAAGAUAUUCGAUGAUGCUUAUAAGUCACCUCUAAGUUUGAUUGUUCUUGAUGAUAUCGAAAGACUCAUUGAAUUCAUUCAUAUUGGCCCUCGUUUCUCAAAUGCAAUCCUUCAGACUCUUUUAGUUUUGAUUAAGAAGAAGCCAAACAAUGCAGACCGUAAACUGAUGAUCAUAGGUACUACUUCUAUGAGAUCUAUACUCUAGGAGAUGGAAGUAGUUGACUGCUUCAAUGUCUGUUUGAAUGUGCCAUCCAUCAGAUCCAAGUCAGAGAUGGCCAGUGUGCUUUCGAACUUUAAAGCCUCAAGUCAGGAAGUCAAUAAGAUUACCAAAGAACUCUUUGAAUUAGAGGACAUAGUUGCAAGUGGAGGCAUUCCUAUUAAGAAUAUGGUACUUAGUAUUGAAUUAGCAUUGCAAAACAGCUCUAGUGGCCAGAUUGAACACCAAGCUUUCAUGGAAAGUCUGAAGGCUGUGCAUCAUUACUGA